AUGGACAAGCAGCACGAAGAACUUCUUCGGCGGCCCCUCUACGCGCCAGUCUACGACCUGCCCCCCGAAGUCCUCACCACCCUCGCUCUGAAGACAGACGUCGAUAACGAGACCCAGCUUCUCGAGGAACAAAGGGUGCAGUCGCAAAAGAGGAAAAAUGACACGGAGGAGAGUCUCGUUGGCUCCCAGGCCUGUUCCCUCUGCGGACUGAGCUUCGCCUCCCUGCUGGACCAGAGGAGCCACCUCAAAUCCGACUGGCACCACUACAACCUCAAACAAAAGCUUCGCGGAAGCCCCGCCGUGUCAGAGGUGGACUUUGAAAAGUUGAUUGGCGACCUUGACGAGAGCUUGUCCGGCUCCGACUCUGAAGACACCGAAGAUGACGACGACAGCGACAACGUCCGCAAGGAGACAACCCUCACAGCGCUACUGAAGAAACAAGCCGUCAUUGCCGACAGGAACAACGAUAACAAGGAGGACAAUGACGGCGAGGGAAGCCUCUCAAGACCGAGACGAAAUCCAGGGAAACCACCGCUGAUAUGGUUCACCUCGUCCGUCCUGCCCAAGAAUCACUUCUUCGGCCUCUACCGGGCCAUCCUGACGGCGGAGGACCUGCGUCUCGAGCCCAAGAUGGUCGACGUCGUCAAGGCCAAGCAGCUCGAGCCCCUCGCCAUGCCCAAGGUCGGCAAGGAUGGCAUUCUUCCCGAAAUCGCCUACAAGGGCCCUCACUUCUUCCUCUGCAUGAUCGGCGGCGGCCACUUCGCCGCCAUGGUUGUCUCUCUCGCGCCUCGGCCGGGCAAAGGCGCGACAGGCCCGCUGAACAGGGAGGCAACGGUGCUCGCCCACAAGACGUUUCACCGGUACACGACGCGAAGGAAACAAGGUGGCUCGCAGUCGGCAAAUGAUAACGCCAAAGGCGCCGCACAUUCAGCCGGCGCCAGCAUACGACGCUACAAUGAGCAGGCACUCAUUGACGAUGUCAGGCCCUGCUGCAAGACUGAAGGUCUCCUAGACACGUCGAACUGCUCUUCAUCCGCCGCGGACGGGUUCGACGGAUCGCAGGACCCUAUUUCGGGGCCGAAUGCCCCACGAGGACACCGGAGACGUCUUGGUAUGCGCCCAAGACCAACACGCAUCCAACGCCUUCUCGCGAAGGAGAACGAGCGAGGUGAGGGCCGACGCGGUUUGCGUGUGCGGCGCGAAGACGGCCACGUAGGCGUCCGUGUCGGCGGGCGGCGGCGGCGGCAGGGGCUGCAGCGCGCCGGGAGGGCCGGAGCUGUCGUCCUCGGGCGCGGCGCGGUACCACGCGUGCAGGUCGUUGGCGCCGCCGAGCGUGACGAUGUGCUGGACCUGGCCGAGCUUGACGGCCGUCAUGGCGUGAUCUGGGUGUACGGGCUGUGUCUCGCCGUGUCCCUCAGUUAA